AUGGGCGACUUCAACGAACUCCUCAAAUGGUCCGUCGAAAACUCCACCUCAUCAACAACCGACCCUUCAGCUCCCAAAAAAUCCAACCUAAACCCCGAACUCCUCGCCCAACUCCUCGGCGGCCCCUCGGACGCAGACCGCAUGCGCGACUCCAUGGCCGCAAUCCUCGCCCCACUAUCCCAAUGCGACCUCCCCAACAAACUAAUCGCAUUUGAGAACUUCGAACUCCUAAUCGAACAAAUCGACAAUGCAAACAAUAUGGAACCCAUGGGUCUCUGGCCCCCUCUGAUCUCCCAACUCGACAAUCCGGAAACAGAACUUCGAAGAAUGGCAGCUUCAUGCGUGGGCGCUGCCGUGCAGAAUAAUGUCAAGAGUCAGGAAUUCGCUUUGGGACAUGGGGUUGUGCCGAAAUUGGCGAAAUUGGCGGUGGAGGAUGAGGAGUUGAAGGUUAGGAAGAAGGCGAYUACGGCGUUGAGUAGUUUGGUGAGGAAUUUCCAGCCGGGGUUGGAUGAGUUGGAGAAGAGCUUACCACAAGAUGUGUGGACGGCGAGGAAGACGGGGUUAGAUGCUGCGGAUAUGGAGGCUUGUGAUGAGAUUAUCCAGAUAUUGAGAGAUCGGUCUACGGCGAGGGGAUGA